CAUUAAUUAGCUUCCCUUGCACUCUUUCUCUUACAAAAAUAAAUUAAAAAUAAAUAAAACCCCGCGAAAUCAACGCUUCUUUAACCCGCACAAUCUCUGCAACCCCAUUUCUCAAGCAGGCAAAACCUCACUGCCUCAAAACUCACCGUAUUUGAAAAGCGGGACAAGCUAUGUGCACUGAAGCUAGGCUUUCUGAGUUGAAAAGCCCUCAACUUUGUUCUCUUCGUGUUUUGUAAAUGGGGAAAAGAAACAGCUUAGUGGUGUUAUCAUCAGAUGAUGAGGAAAAUGAGAGGAGUUCAGUGGGUUUGAAUCGAAGCUAUUCUAAGCCAAAAUCGCAGAAGCCUUUUGUUAGUCUUACUAAUCCUAGACAAUCGAAAAAGUCUAGAUCCUGUUUGGGAAGAGAAUUAAGAAAUGUUGAUGAGAUCAAAUUCCCUAGUGAAGAUUUUGAUGAGUUUUUUUAUGGGUCCGAGGUAUCUGCUGCUAAUUGGAAAGAGACAUGUGGAUCAAGUCAUGGAAGCAGCAAUUUAAAGGAAUUGUGGGUUGAUAUAUACAAGCCCCGUUCUUUGGAAGAACUUGCUGUUCAUCAGAAGAAGGUUAAAGAAGUUAAGAUGUGGUUUGAGGAAAGAUUGAAAGCUUCAAAGGACAAGCUUAGCAAUUAUGUUCUUGUCAUCACUGGACAAGCUGGCGUUGGAAAAUCUACAACUAUCAAUGUGAUUGCAUCUCAUUUUGGAGCAACAUUAUGUGAAUGGAAAACACCUACUCCUACAAUUUGGCAAGAAUACAUGCAUAAUACCAGUACAGGUGUAAACUACACAUCCAAGUUGGAUGAAUUUAUGAACUUCAUUGAGAAAAUAAGGAAGUAUGGAUUAAUUCCUUCAUUUUCUGCUGAAUCAAAAUCACCAGUCAUGCUCCUGAUCGAUGAUCUCCCUGUGGCAAAUGGAAGAGCUGCUUUUGAAAGACUUCAAAACUGCUUGCUCCUUCUUGUGAGAUCAACUCAGGUGCCAACAGCUAUACUGUUAACUGACUAUGGUAAAGAAGAUUCAGCAGACUACUCUGCCCGUUACAUGGAAGAACUUCUGCAGUCUCUUGAAAGGGCUGGAGCUUGUAAGGUUGCUUUUAAUCCUAUUACAAGUAGUUCCAUAAAGAAGGUACUUACCAGAAUAUGCAAACAGAAGCAGCAUAAUGUAACUGCUGAACAGAUUGAGCUAAUAGCAAAAGCCAGUGGAGGUGAUAUCAGACAUGCAAUUACAUCUUUACAGCUUUUCUCUGUGAAACCAGAUAUUAUGCUCAGUUUAUCAUCAUUGUCCACAUUGACUCCAAGUUACUCAGAUGGAAGAGCAGAUGAGAUUAAUGCUUUGACCAGUGGUUUCUCCUUGCUAUUUGGCAGAGAUGAAACUCUUUCUUUAUUUCAUGCACUUGGCAAGUUUCUGCACAAUAAAAGGGAAACUGAAGCUCCUAGUGUAUUUGACCAAGAUGCCUUCCUCGUACGGGAUAAGUUCUCUAGGUUACCAUUAAAAAUGGAUGCUCCAGAAAAGAUACUUUGUCAAGCACAUGGGCAAGCAAGGCCAAUUGCUGAUUUUCUACAUGAAAAUGUUUUAGAUUUUAUAAGUGACGACGCAAUGGAUGCUACUGGGAAUGUGGCUUCAUAUUUAAGUGAUGCAGACUUGCUUCUUUCUUCUUUUCGAGGAAUGUUGGUUAGAUGUAAUGAGGCAGAGAGUGUUCUUCAAUCAGCUGCUGCAUCAGUUGCUGUUCGUGGCGUAUUAUUUGGAAAUUCUCAUCCUUCACCUUCCAGGUGGCAUGCUAUUCGCAGGCCAAAGCUAUGGCAGGCUGGACAAUCAAUGUUGCGGAAUCAAAAAGCGAUGUUAAGCCAGAGACUUAUAGCUAAUGGUGGAUCCAGCUUUUCUAAUGUGGCAGAGAUAGUUACUGAGUACGUUCCUGUGUUAAAGUGGCUAGGACAUAGAGCCCCAGGUGUUGAAGCUCAUCAGGUAUUUGAGCACCAUAAUGAGGCAUAUGAUGACAGUUCAGAGAGGAUGAGUUUGGAAGAUGGCGAACAGUUUUCCGACGAUGAAAUAGAAGAAUGGUAAGAAAUUAGUAACUGCAUCAGAAGCAAAGUUCAGUCUAGGUUGGUUCUCUUUUUCUGUAAAGUAAUAGCUGUCUUUUACUUCAGCCUUAUAGGGAAGGUGAAUGUAAAUCUUAUCUUUGUCCAGGAAUUUUCCUUUUUGGUGGUUUUGUCUAUGAGAAAACAAAUUCAUAUUUUAGUUAUA